AUGGAAACCUAUGAUUUUGCAGUAAUUGGUGGUGGUCCCGGGGGCCUCGCUGCAGCUAAGGAAGCAGCGAGUCACGGUGCCAAAACGGUUGUUUUUGAUUACAUAAAGCCAUCACCAAAAGGUACUACCUGGGGUCUUGGAGGUACCUGCGUGAAUGUUGGAUGCAUCCCCAAAAAGCUUAUGCAUUAUGCCGCUAUCCUUGGCAAGUCUGAACACGAUAGAGUGAUGUACGGAUUUGCUCCAUCGGUUGGAGGCCACGAUUGGAACAAACUUGUUCAGACAGUUCAAAAUUACAUUCGCAUGUUAAACUUUUCAUAUCGAUCCGGCUUAUUAUCUUCUGGAGUACAUUACAUUAAUGCUUUUGCAUCAGUCACUCCGGAUAAGCGUAUAACAUAUGAGAAGGAUGGAAAGGUAGAGGAAAUCAUCGCAAAAAAUAUCCUGAUAGCAGUUGGAGAACGUCCAUACAUCCCUGAGGACGUUGAAGGUGCUCAGGACUGUGCAGUUACAUCUGAUGAUCUCUUUAAGCUAAAAAAGUCACCUGGAAAGACCCUAGUUAUUGGAGGUUCUUAUGUUGCUCUUGAAUGCGCUGGUUUCUUGACCGGACUUGGACACGAUGUAACUGUGUCGGUAAGGUCUAUUUUGCUUCGUGGGUUCGAUCGUCAGUGUGCUGAAAAGGUUGGAGAUCUUAUGGAAGCCACUGGAACUAAAUUCCUCUACAAGGUCCUUCCAAAGGCUAUGAAGAAGUUGUCAACCGGGCAGAUUGAGGUUAUCUUCACCGACGGUUCCGUUGACACAUUCGACACUGUUCUUUAUGGAGUUGGAAGAGUCCCACUAGAUAAUGUAGAGGAAUACAAGAAAAUUGGCGUGCAAUUUCAAAAUGGGCAUAUUGUAGCUCCUAAUGAGGAUACUGGAGUCCCUGGAGUUUACGCAGUUGGUGAUAUCUUGGAUGGGAGACCGGCACUCGCUCCAGUUGCUAUAAAAGCUGGAGAAUUGCUGGCUAGGAGGAUCUUCCUUGGGGCAACCGAGCAGAUGAACUAUGACAAUAUUCCUGUAUGUGUGUACACCCCUUUCGAAUAUUCAAGUUGCGGUCUUACUGAAGAAAAGGCCGUUGAACUAUACGGAGAUGCUUCGCUUGAUGUCUUCCUUAAGGAGUUCACAUCUUUGGAGCUCUCAGCUUCUCAUAGGGAAAAGGCGGAGAAUGCCAGGAAAGAUGAGUAUGACGUUGAUCUUCCACCAACGUGCCUCGUAAAGCUCAUUUGUCUAAAGGAUACCGGAAGAAUCCUGGGAGCCCAUUUUGUUGGUCCAAAUGCAGGUGAAAUUAUGCAGACACUUGCAGUUUGCAUAAGGCUUGGAGCUACAAAGAAGGAUUUUGAUGAGACAAUUUCGAUCCACCCUACCGAUGCUGAGAGUUUUAUGGGUCUUUCAGUUACUAGGGCAUCUGGAGUUUCCUGGGUCGCCUCUGGCGGUUGUGGAGGUGGACGUUGCGGUUAA